AAAGCUCACUAUCUUUAGCACAAAAAGCUUCAUUUUUAAAGGAUUCUGAAAUUUCUUCUCUUGAGGCUAGAAUAAAUAAACUAAAGGCUGAGUUAGAACAAAUAGCGCAAAAAGCUUUAUUAAAGGAUACCGAUACUACCCAGUCUCUUUAUGAGAUUAGAGUGAAGGAAUUGAAAAACGAACUAGAGCAAGUUAUGCGAAAUUCAACAUUUAAGGAUAGAUUAAUUUUUUGCCUCAGGUCUAGAGUAAGUGAUCUAGAAGAUGAACUAGAACAAAUCUCUCUAAAACCAGACCCGGCAUCUAAUGAUUCAAAAAUGAAUAGUGAUGCAGUAGAAGAGAUCUCUUUAAAACUAGAUCCAUUAUCUAAUGAUUCAAAAACAAGUGGCGAUGCUAUAGAAGAGGCAUCCAGUUUCUCUAAAACCCCCUCUUUGUCUUCACACCACUUAGGGCUUGAGCCUGAUGAAAAGAUGUGGUAG